UUUUCUGGUGCUCCCCUGACAGUGAACACUAUAAAUAAUUCUUGGAGAGCUUCAAAAGGAGAUGUGCCAGUGCUUACAUCAGAAGACACUGUUAUUUCUCAGCCAGCAAAAAUACUAAACUUCUUAAGGAAGCAGAAAUAUAAUGCCGAUUAUGAAUUGUCUGCAAAACAAGGAGCUGAUACAUUGGCAUAUAUUGCACUACUUGAAGAGAAGCUGCUUCCUGCUCUGCUGCACACUUUCUGGGUUGAGGCUGAAAAUUACUGCAGCGUGACAAAGCCAUGGUUUGCCUCAAGGAUUGCCUUCCCACUUAGUUUGUAUCUGCCUGGAAAGAUGUCCAGGGAGGCACUGAACAGGAUCUUACUGACCAGGGGAGGGCCUCCACUCUACAGUCUCACUGAAGUAGAAGCACAGAUAUACAGAGAUGCCAAGGAGUGCCUAAAUCUCCUGUCGAAGAGAUUGGGAACAUCUCAGUUUUUCUUUGGAGAUACGCCUACCACCUUGGAUGCCUUUGCGUUUGGUUUCCUUGCACCAAUUUAUAAAGUGUGCUUCCCCAGAGUACAAUUACAAGAGCAUUUGAAACAGCUUCCCAAUCUGUGUCGUUUCUGUGAUGAUAUUUUAGCUUGCUACUUCAGGUUAACUGUCUCAGGCCAUUCUCCGGCUGGACAGGAUACAGCAGAUGCUAAUCUGCAGAAACUCACACAGCUUGUAAAUAAGGAAUCCAACUUGAUUGAAAAGAUGGAUGACAACCUUCGUAAGAGUCCUCAGCAUCCGCCUCGAAAGCUAACAACGCUCAAGCUUGCUGCAGGUGGAGAAGAAGGCAGUCCAUUGAAUCGUUUGUCGCCUUGA